AUGGUGGAAACUGAUAAAGGGCAAGCUUCAACUUCGAAUAAUCAAACAGAAAUCUGGUCUAUAAUAUGGAAGUUGAAUAUUCCAAAUGCAGCAAAAGUGUUUAUAUGGAGAGCUUAUUUGGAGUCCCUACCUACAAAUGCAAAUAUUUUCAAAAGGAAAAUGGUUGAUUCUCCUAAUUGUCCCAUUUGCUUGAGAGAACAAGAAUCGAUUAACCAUGUUCUAUGGGAUUUCCCAACAGCAAAAGAUGAACUUUUAGAGGAGUUUGUGAUGCCAGCAAAGAAAAUAUGGCAGAGGAGGAACACUUAUAUUUUUCAAAACAAUUUUAUUCAUCUCAAUCUGGUUAUGAAGCAAGCUAAACAUCUGCUUACUGGUUUUCAAGAAACAUUCACAGAGAAGAGUUGCAACGAGGCAAUCAUGAAUGAUAUUCAUUGCAGUUGGGAAUCUCCUCCUGAGGGGUGCUAUAAGGUGAAUUGGGAUGCAACUGUUAACAAAGAAUGUGGUAGGGUGGGCACAUGGAUUGUGAUUAGAGAUUAUGAAGAAUCUUUAGGGGCAUUGCAGGCUAUUCGUUUUGCAAUAGAAAUUGGACUAAGGAAGCUAAGAGUGGAAGGGGAUGCUUUACAAGUUGUUAAUAGCCUCAGUCAUAAUAAUUCCCAGCUACGUAGUUCAGGGGUUUUCAUUUGGGAUGCUAAGCAAGCUUUGGGCCAAAUUGAUAGGUGA